UUGUGUACUUUACAUACCAUUUCCACUCUUUAUACUUUAUAUGGAUAGGCGCUGGCGCAAGGUGUAGUUGCAGCGAGUUGUCGAGUCACAAACCCCCAGUUUAAAGUAACUUUAAUCUAAGGUGGAGAUCCGAAGAACUUUCUCCGCGUGGCAUUAGAUUCGCAUAAGUUUUGCUACACUUUCUAAAUGUGCCCGGUUAUAGUGAUGUGAGGAGUUUCAUCCAGGAUGACUUUGCUGGCCGGAGACAGUUCGGACUAUGAUUACAGCGCCCUCAGCUGUGCCUCUGACACCUCUUUUAAUCAAACAAUCUAUAAUGAAACACAAACUCUGAAAGGUGUGUUUUAUAAUAGAGCUCACCUCAUUUCUCCUAAUGAAGACUUGUAUGGCAGUGCACUCCCAGGGGAUCGCAAACACCACGUUGUAAUAAAUGUUGGGGGAAUAAAAUACUUAUUACCAUGGACCACACUGGAUGACUUUCCUUUAACACGUCUAGGACAACUUCGAUUUUGCCAUACCUUUGAUGAAAUAAUGAAAAUUUGCGAUGAUUAUGAUGUGACAGCCAAUGAAUAUUUCUUUGAUCGAAACCCAGGUGCCUUUAAAACAAUACUGACUUUUCUAAGAGCUGGGAAGUUGAGACUUUUGAGGGAAAUGUGUGCCCUUUCUUUCCAAGAAGAAUUGCUGUACUGGGGCAUUGAAGAUGACAACCUGGAGUGGUGCUGCCGUCGCCGAUACCUGCAAAAAAUUGAGGAAUUUGCAGAAAUGAAUGCUAUUGAGGAAGAUCUGGUAGAAGGUGAAAAGUUGGUUGAUUUGGUUGAGUCAUCAAAAUGUAAUCACUUCAUGACAAAACUCAGGGAUAUGGUGGAAAACCCCCAGUCAGGACUUCCAGGAAAAAUCUUUGCCUGUCUCUCUGUUAUAUUUGUGACAAUCACUGUAGUUAAUCUAUCCAUCAGUACCAUGCCUGACCUCAGAGCAGAAGAAGAUAAAGGUAUAUGCUCCCAGAAGUGUUACAACAUUUUCAUCGUGGAAACUGUAUGUGUAGGUUGGUUUUCUCUGGAGUUUGUGUUACGUUUCAUACAGGCCCGCAGCAAAUUUGAUUUCCUAAGGACCCCUCUGAAUAUCAUUGACAUUGUGGCUAUCUUACCCUAUUACAUUACCCUUCUGGUGGACACCACUUCGGUGGAGAAUGGAAAACCUGGAGGAGGAAGCAGUUACCUUGACAAGGUGGGGCUGGUUCUGCGAGUACUCCGUGCCUUGAGAAUUUUGUAUGUCAUGCGCCUUGCCAGGCACUCCUUGGGACUACAGACUCUGGGACUAACAGCUCGCAGAUGCACUCGUGAAUUUGGUCUACUCCUUUUAUUUUUGUGUGUGGCCAUUGCGCUCUUUGCUCCAUUGCUAUAUCUUAUUGAAAAUGAAAUGGCUAGUUCACAUGAGUUCACAAGUAUACCAGCAUGUUACUGGUGGGCAGUGAUCACCAUGACGACUGUGGGCUAUGGAGACAUGGUGCCACGAAGCAUCCCAGGUCAAGUGGUAGCUCUAAGCAGCAUCUUAAGUGGCAUUCUUCUCAUGGCCUUCCCUGUAACGUCCAUUUUUCACACUUUCUCCCGCUCAUAUGUGGAGUUAAAGCAAGAACAGCAAAGAGAUCAGAGAAGAUUACAGUUCAUGGUUAAAUCCAAAUCACAGAUGAAUAGCAUAUGAUGAGGAAAUGAAAAUACAUUUCCAAGUCGCUCUUCAGAACCCAGAUAAAUUGUUGUUUUGAUUGAACAGCAGAUAUUAGAGACAAUCUUCAUUUCUAAAACACUGUGUAAUUGUGUUUUUUCAUAGGGAAAGAUAUUUCAAUAGCAGUUUGAUAGAACUAGCUUUCAGACUGAUUUUUUUUUUGAAAAUCUAUAUACUACAAAUAUUUAAGUGUACAUUAUAAGUAUACAUUAACCUACCCAAUAGAGGCUAGUUGGAGUUAUAACAAGUAAUGUAGUAUGUGGUCAACAGAAAUCUUGAAAGAAUUUUGGCAAAAUUUUGAGUGAAAAUGAUGGAAUUCUUUUUUACAGCAUUAGUUGUCACACUGAGCAACCCAAGAUUUAUUAUGGUUAGCCAUACAAUGGAUAUAAAAACAAUAUGCUGGAAACACUCAGCAGGUCAGGCAGCAUCUGUUGAAAGAGAAACAAAGUUAAUGUUUCUGGUCGGAAACCCUUCAUCAGUACAGGGAAAGAAAGAAAACAAGUUAGUUACAAGUUGCAGAGAGUGUGGGGGAGAGAUGAAUUGAACAAAGAGAGUAUCAUUGACAGGGUAAGGUCAGGGUGCCACGAGAAUAAGUUGUAGAAGCCAUCUGGUCAUUGGGUUAACGAGGUCAGUUAGAGAAAUAAAAACAGAACAAAAGCAAUGAAGUGGGGGAGAGUAGAAAGUGAGAACCCAAAGGUUCUUCAAUUUGAAAUGUUAACUGUUUCUCGUUUCGCAGAUACUGCCCAACCUGUUGCGUUUUUCCAGCACUUUCUGUUUUUUAUUUCAGAUUUCCAGCGUCGGCAGUUUUUUGAUUUUUAUUUAUAAUGGGCAAUGUGUGUAAUGUCCUUAAGCAAGACACACGAAAUCCCAUCAAAAUAAGCAAGGAAUCAUCUACAACUGUCCUACAUAAAUGUGCUAUCAAUAAGAAUUAUCUUCCAUUGGUCUCCCAUUUAUGAAGAUUUCUUUCAAGAUUUAAAACUCUUUCCCAAGCACAUUUUCUACAAUAUAAUUCAUAAGAAUUUAUGGACCUGAUCCAUAAAUAAAAAUAAAAUGAAACUCAAAUAAAAAUAGCAAAUGCUGGAAAUACUUAACAGAGUUAAUGUUUCAGGUUGAUGACGCUUAAAUAGAGCUAGGAAAAACUAGAAAUGAAAUAUGUUUUAAUUUGCGGAAAGGGGGAAGGGUGGAAAGAACAAAGUGAAUGUCUGUGAUUGGCUGGAAAUCAUUGGUGGUGGCGCUGUCUGAGCUAUGAUGGCUUGGCUUGUUAAUCACAACUUAUCUGAAUGGAGGUGUGGUAAAUGGAAGGAGAAAUAAAAGAACUGAGGAGAGAGGAAACAAAAACAAUGCUGGGCUGUUAGAAAUAAAAUACAGCAGUUACUGGAAAUCUGAAAUAAAAGAGAAUGCUUGAAAUACUCAGCAGGUCGGAUAGUAUCUCUGGAGAAAGAAAACCCAAUUUUUUAUUAUAGGUCGAUGGUUUUUCAUUCUGAUACAAACUGGACAGGCUGAUUAUCUGAAAUUCUUAAAUUCAGUGUUUUCAUUCCUGAGGGCUGUAAUGUGUCUAGCCAGCAAGUAAGAAGUUAUUCCUCAAGCUUACGUUGGGCCUUCAUGGACCAGUAUGAGAAGUCAAAGACAGAGAUCAGAGUUUCAAGCACCUGGAAGCUUAGGGUCACCCUUGCAGACCAAAUGGAGGUAUUCUGCAAAGCGGUCAUUCAAUUUGCACUUGUUUUCUCCAGUGUGAAGCAGAUUUUGAGCACUGAAUGUGAUAUGCUAAAUUGUAAGAAAUAUUAGUGACUCACUACUUUCCCUGGAAGGAAUGUUUGGAUCACUGGAUGGUGACAAGGAAAGAGAUGAAAGAGCAGGUGUUCCACCUCCCAUGCUUGCUUAAGAAGAUGCCAUGAGGAGGUAGGUAGGUAUUAGUGGAGAUGGAAGAAUGAACCAGGGAGUCGCUCCAAGAAGGAUCCCUUCAGAUUGCUGAAAGGAUAAGGGAGGGCAUCACACUGAAGAUGGCAGAAGUUAUAGAGGGUGAUUCUUUGAAUGUGGAGGUUGGUGAGCUUUAAGGUAAAGGCAGGGGAUACCUAUCCUUGCUCUGGUUGGCAGGAGAUGGGUUAAAAGCAGGUGUGAGAGAAAUAGAAAGGCAUGGUUGACAGCCCUGUCAAUUAUGGUCGGGGAAAACCAUGCUUAAGGAAGAAGGAAGACACCUUUGAAGCACUGAUGUAAAAACUCAUCUUCAAUAUGGAUCAAGCUUUCAGAAUAGAAAUUUGAUCUUUUGAACAAUACUUCAAGUUCCAAUAUUGUGCGAUUAUCCAAAAUUCAAACAACUUGGCUGACAAACCGUUGUGCAAUAGUUUAAAUGGCAAAUACCUCACUUUGACCCUGGGAACAUUUUUGAGACAUGUAUCUAGUUGGAAGGCAUUUUCCAACCCCUGGGAAUAUCUUCAGAUUGAGCCAUUUACUUUCUGUAAGGUUGAUUGCUUUUGCUGAACUGCAUUAAAAUAAAUAAAAAUGGAGCUGGAGGACUGUUCAUUACAGAUUGUUGCCCUGAUUCAAAACAGACUUGAGAUGAUGGUGGGUGCAUUCAUUCUAUAAAUGUUAGUAUUUUUGUGGGUACUUGCUUGAUAUUUACAGAAAUUCUAGGAAAGCCAAUGGCUCCAUUGAGAUUAUAACAUAACCCAGUAUGGUUAAGAUCUCUAGAUGGAUCCCACACAGCAUUAGUUUCAUUGUUCCUAGGGAGUUGGUACCGUUCAAAUUGCUUGUGAAUUUGCAUCUAAUGCUACCAAAUUCAACAGUGUGACAAUUAUUGGAAUCCUAUUUUGUUUUAGUUACAAGGUCCUGACGAAUCUUCAUACUGACAUUCUUUUAACCAUUAUAUUUAGCCUCUAACGCAAA